UAUAGGUAAUAUCUGUUCAGUUUCAUAUUUUAAACCAACUUAUGUCGUAGUGUCGCAGCUGGUUCCUUAGGUAUAAUAACAUUGCAAUAUUUUUUUAUAAAUAAAUAGUUUUACUACGAGUGCCUUCGAAAACACAGGCUUAUGUCUCAUAUAAAAUGAUAUCUAACAAACGGUUAGUAGCUACAUGUGCCAUUAUUUUCUGCGGCAAUAUAGCCCUACUAGGGUUGUUUGUAAAAUAUAACAUCGGAGAAAAAUGUUACAUUACAAUCGACGAGCACCAAAAAUUCCACCCCAUUAUACCCGAUGACUUUUUAAGUUUUGGUAUUGAUACUUCUGAAAUACAGAACUAUGAUACAGUUAAUUUCAAUAAUUCAAGACUCAGGAAGCUAGCUGCAGCUCUGGCUCCGGCGAGACUCCGCCUUGGUGGUACCAUGUCCGACCGUUUAAUUUUUAGUUCAGAGGACAUUCCGGCAGCGUCAUGUAACCAUUGUCCAAUGACUGCCGGUACUGAAGCCACUUGUACUGCCAUUAAGUCCCUUUGUAAGCACAAAUUUUUACCAUUCUUUAUUAUGAAUGGACAGAAGUGGACAGAUAUAAAUGAAUUCUGUAUAAAAACAAAUACAAAGUUACUUUUCAGUUUAAAUUUAUUAAUACGCGAUGAUCAUGAAUGGAAAAGUCAAAAUGCUAUUGAAAUAUUAGAAUACUCAAAACAUAAAAAUUUUGACAUUGAUUGGCAGCUUGGCAAUGAACCCAAUUCAUUCAAGCAUGUUUUUAACUUAACUAUCAGCCCCCAGACCUUGGCUCACGAUUACAAAAGGCUUAGAAAACUACUAAAUCAUCAUGGUUAUAAAAAGUCACUGUUGGUAGGCCCUGAUACUACAAGACCGCAAGAACACCAACCUAACUGCCUCAAAUACAUGGUAGAAUUCCUAGGCAAUGGUUCUCAUAAUAUAAAUGUUAGGUCCUGGCAUCAGUACUACCUAAAUAGCAGAACUGCCACUUUGGAAGACUUUUGGAACCCAGGCACCUUUGAAUUACUGAGUGAACAAAUUAAAAUAAUGCAAAACCACACCAAGAAAUAUCAUAACAUACCAAUGUGGCUAACUGAGACAAGUAGUUCCUAUGGGGGCGGGGCACCUGGAUUAUCGAAUUCUUAUGCAGGUACCCCUCUCUGGUUAGACAAGCUGGGUUUGUCGGCUAAGUAUAACAUUACCACUGUGAUAAGGCAAAGUUUUAUUGGAGGUAAUUAUAGUCUGAUCGAUGAUAAGUUAGAGCCGUUACCUGAUUGGUGGGUCAGUGUCUUGUAUAAAAGACUAGUUGGAAAUAAAAUUUUACAAGUAAGCUGCAAAUGUUCCCGCUUCCAAAGGAUAUAUGCCCAUUGCACAAAUAGAAAAUACACAAAUGAUACAACAGCUGUAACUAUUUAUGCCAUCAAUUUACAAAUGGAAAAAGCAAAGUUCCUUCUUAAUGGGACUGCAUUUCAUGGUGAUGACUUGAACAUUGAUGAAUAUAUUAUAAGUGCUCCAUCCAAUAACAGAAGAACUAAGACAGUACUAUUGAAUGGCUGGCCUCUUUAUUAUGAGUCAUCUGUUCCAGAAAUGCAACCAAAUCAUAUUAGAUAUGGUAAUCAUGUGUCUAUGCCACCGUAUUCCAUUGGAUUUUGGGUAAUUAAAAAUACCUCUUUACAAAACUGCAAGUAAUCUGUAAGUAUAAUUUCAAAUAAUCUGCAUAGUCAGAUUAUACAAAAUUAAGAUAAAAUGUGUCUUUAAUUAGGUAAUUCCUGUGAUUUUUGGAAGCCUUCAAUAGUGUGUAAUCUCAAUAUACUUAAAACUUAUUUUAUUUAUGAAUAUGAAUAUAAUAAUUAUGCUAGGUCCUAUUUUCCUUUUUGCUCGAAUAUAAUAAAUAAAUGCUACAAUUUGUUGGUCUGCUAUCUUGCAACAGUAAUCAUCUUUGAUCUCAUAUACAUUUACUAUUCUACUUUUUAUACUAUAUUGUUAUUCUUAUCCAGUAUAACCCUACUUUGUAUUGGUUACUUUUAUGAACUUGUUACUUAAAAAUUUAAAAAACAUAUACAUGGAGAUAUAAAUAAGAAUUAAUAAGUAAUGUAGUAUCUCAAUAACUGUUUCAGACACAUUAUAUAUUUGUUUGCAUAAUCUGUCCCGACACGUCAUCUGGACAUGAACAUGUGCUGACAUUAAAAUUUAUUGUAGCUCUUAAUAAAACUUGACAAUUGGUAGCCUUGUCCAUUGGUCAAGGAAAGUUCUUUGAAUGACAUUGAAUUGCAUCUAGAACUUUGGUCUUGAUAUCUAUCUGUUCAUUGUAAUAUUGUCUAGACUUGUUGUUAAAAUUAUAUUGAGUUCAUCAAAUAUAUUAAAGAUCAAUACCAUCUGACAUGUUCUGGUGCUUUUUGUUUAAUUUUUUUUUUUGUAAAUUAGAAAACAAAAAGUUUUGAGGAAUAUUGCCAAAAACUUAUUAAAACUACAAUGUAUUUUCUUAUAUAGCAAACAUUUUAAACUAGUAAAGAAAUGUUCUUAUCCAUUCAUAUACCAAUAAUUCUGGAAAAGUUACAAGGUCUCAAUGAAAGUUUUUUUCAUAACUGUGGAUGUUUAAUUGAAUUUUAAUGUUAUAGAAAAGUUUGUUUGUGUACAAACCUGAACAUGGCAAAUUUAGUGAUACUUUAACGAUAGAAACUAUACACAUAUUAUUUCACAAUUGUUGUCCUUCCAGAAUAUUAUCACCAAUUAUUUUGGUAUUCUAUUAAAAAAUAUACAUUAAGUUAUGUAUAGCUACACCACGGACUUACGUAAUAGGUAGGGAUGGUAAAAUUCAACAGGAAAUGUUUCUUAAAAUCACAUGUAUUUAUGAAGUACAUUUUAAAGAAAUAAAAUGAUGACACAAGUUCCUUUGUAAAUGCAUAUUAUGUAUUCGAAGCAAAUGGUGCCAAUUCGUGAGUUAGUAGUUAUGAUAGGAGCUAGAGAAAUUACGUAAGUCAAUGGAUUCCUGGCUACAGCUACUACUGUUGUGAUUUGAGGUGCCUAAAUGUAAGACUGAUUAGAUUUACAAUAUUAUUAUUUUUAUUUCUAUUAUGUGCCUAAGAGAAGGUUCAAUACAACCAUUGUUCAUUGUUGGUUGACCAUUGAUUCCUUGCAAUCAAGUGUAUCUAUCAAAAGUUAAUAAUAAUUAUUCAAUGAGUUUACCUAAGCAGUACAUAGAAUCACGACAGACGGACUAGUUUACUGAGAAGAAGUAAAUCUAUAAGUUAAUUUAAGUUCUUGGUAAUUAUUAUACUCGUGUGAAUGCUGUGGUGUCUCUAUAUGAAAACACUAGUUAAAUUUAUUCAUGUUUUUAUAUAUCUUUAUUCAUAAUAGAGAUUGAACAUAGUAGUUGAAUAUUUGGGUUGUACAAAUUAAUUUAAUUCCAAUAUAUAUAUAUUAAUUUAAUUUAUAUGAAUAUACUUAUAGCUUUGACAUUUGUAUUAAAUCAGUUUUAACUAAUUUAGUAACUAAGUAUAUAGUUUCGUUGUAAAGAUUUCUUGUACAAUUAUAAUAUUUUUUCCUUUUGUUUUGUCGUAGUUUUCUUAAAGACAAAAUGUUAUAUUUAUAGCAAAAUGUUAUAGUUCAAAAUGGUAAACACAGAUGAUCCCACCGACAAUUUAAAGACAAACACCAGUAAAAGAUACGCCAAGGUCAGUCGAUGUUUUGUAAAAAGUAAAUACCCAACUUUAUCAGUCAACAUGCACAUGUAGUCUGCGAUAACCUCUUUGAGCAUGUAUAGCAUAUCAAUCCGUAUGUAAUGGGAUUCUAAUUUCUUUAUAUAUAAUAUUAUCUUUAUAAAUAACUAAUUAAUACUGCAAUAGCAAUACGUAGUUGCCAGCGCCUUUUUGUAAUUGUUUUAUUACUAGUUUAUAUUUUACAUGAAAAGCAUAAAACUGUUUUUGAAAUAAUGAUUCAUAUUUUAUUAAGAGAAACUUAGUAGCAUAUUAUACAACCUAUUUCACUUUUUAAUAAUUAAACUGGUUUUUUUACUUAAGUACCUUAGUUUAAUUACAUUGGUUUUAUGGUAUUUAUAGUAGUGCCAUUAUACAAAAAACUACAGUAUAUUCUUACUUAUGUAAAACUAGAUUAAUUCCUAAAUAAUAUGUUUAAUUUUAUUUAUAAAACAACAAAAAUUAACAGAACAAAACGGGACAUUACAAACUCGUAUUGCGAGAUUUUGAUUAAAAUGAAACAUAUUUUUUUUUACAUUACCUACUCAUAUUGUGUAAGUGUAUCUUAGUUAUUUAUACUUAGUGAGAAUAUUAAAGAAAAUGAGUAAAAUGUCAAUUGACAAAGCAAUUGAACAUAUAGCUUGACAUUUAUAAAAUAUUUGUUUACAUUUAUAGUAACUACGACACUAGACUAGGGCUUGGAAUUAAUGCAUUCAUUACAAAUGCCUUAUAUCAUUCAAAGGCUUACUCGUGUAUUCAAUGUUAUGUAACAGAUGUUCCAUGCUUCUACAAAUAAAAGCAUUUUUCAUUUA